AUGACAUCCCUAUCUCCCCACUCACAUGCAAAUGGCACAUGUCCUAUGACGGGCCAGUCCCAUGAAUGGUGCCCAGCACAGGCAGGUGACUCCCGAGCGCCGUGUCCUGCGUUGAACACACUUGCGAAUCAUGGGUAUCUACCCCGUGACGGGCGACGAAUUAGCGCUGCAACAAUCAUACACGCCGUUCAAGAAGGCUACGGUAUUUCCAAGCCUCUUGCGUUCGUUCUGGGCUACGGUGGCCAACUCGUCCUGGGACAGGCGGGAGAGUUCAGUUUGGGAGAUCUAGCACGCCACAAUCGUAUAGAGCACAACGCCUCGCUAGUCCACGACGAUGCCCAAGGUCGUCAUGAAUACGCCCCGAGCGCUCCGGAUGACGUGAUGCUGAAGGCGCUACUAGACGACUCACGCGAUGGAAGGUACAUGACCGCGCGCGAUGUCGCCAGAGCAAGGGUGCGCCGAGAAGCGACGUAUGGCAGUGCGGUGCUGGAUAGCUUCCAUGCCGAGAUCGCAAGGGGGGAGAUGGCCAUCGUUCUGGGAUUAUUCGACGCGAGGAACCCAGGGAAGGGGGAGGAUGGCGUACCAUUAGCCAUGCUAAAGGGAUGGUUGCAUGAUGAAAGAUUGCCGGAGGGAUGGAAGCCAGGCAGGACCACUGGCUUAUGGGAGACCAUCGAACGAUCCGCAGAAAUAAGGAAAGCUAUGGAUGAGAUGAGGAGAAAUGAUAGUACAACUGAUCGCUGA